UGUAAUCGUCCUGUGUAAAAAGGAACAUUCUACGCUUCCAAAAACAGUUUUACUUGACCAUAUGUGAUUAUUGAUUGUUUACUGUAUGCGAAGAUUCUAUGCCAAGUCUCUCUGUGGUCCAUGUGUGUCUAUCUCCGUACAGUGUCUGCAGCAUUAAACCGUCGAUCGCAGUCUUGGCCCUUGCUCUCUCUCUCUCUCUCUUUUCCUUUUCUCAUAUCCUGCAUCCCUUUGCUUUGACCGUGGUACAAGCAACACGACAUGCAGCUCACUUUAUAUUUUGCCCGGACCGACCCGCCCAUUCAGUCUUGUCCUGCUGUGCCACUUGCUUCGUUUUGGAUUCGUAGCUUGAGCCUUGCUAUUUAUCACAUGAAAGAACUGGUCUUAUAAAGAAUCAAAAUUCACCUAAAAAGUUGAAU